AUGGAAACCCUCGAUGAGAAUGCCACGGGAGUGAUACAUCGAACCUUGCUGUGCCAAGGCCCCGUGGAACUCAGAAGAGGCUGGAGAAGGAAGCAACAACAUCUCUCCUUGUUCAGUGAUGUUUUGGUUGUGUCUAAUAACCUGUGUAAGAGAAAGUUUAACAUAAAAUAUGUCAUCCCACUGAGUUUCCUGUGGAUGGGUGACUAUGUCGACAUACUUGGGACAGACAGCAGCUCUGCUGACAAGUCCAUUCUCCUGUUCUGGCCCAUGGGAAAUUUUGUGGCCACCUUUCGUUCCACGGAACAGAAAGAUCGGUGGUACUCUUUUCUCCAAAGAUCCAUUAAUGAAGCCACAAAGGGCUACAGGAAGCAUUUUAAACUCCCGAUAUUCACUGAGGACAUCCCAAGCUGUGCAAGUCCUUUAUAUGUAACAACAACAGACUUGGAGACAGUGAAUGAUGUUAUCCAGAAAUUACUACCUUUGAUAGGAAUGCCUAGUGCUCAAGACUACCAACUGUGGUUCUGUCAUGACCGUGAAAAAGCUCCAGGCCUACUCCAAGAGCAUGAGCAUCUCUAUGACAUUAUAAUGAGGAACAUUAAAAAUCCCUUCAGUCAAUGGGCAUCAAGAAAUCACACAGCUUUUCCUGCCCUGCCUGGGCUGUAUGUGGAACAACCAGAUAUACAGGGGCGAUUCAUCCUGAAGCCCAGAGAACCAGCAAGAAUCCAGAAGCAGAACAGUUGCACAAAUGAAACUACUCCGUAUAAUGAUCUCAUCUCCUCUUUAGAUACAGAGGAACCAAGAAUUAAGAAACAAUGGCCUUUCAUAUCUUGGUUGUUCCAAAGGAGCUCUGUACCCUACCAGAACCAAAUGUGCACAGCCCCACCAGUUGCCAAAACAGGAAAACUCUUCGGACAUGAUCUGACUGCCAUUUGUGAAGAUGGCAAUCUGCCCACAGCAAUUCUGGACAUACUAUCCUUUAUUAGUGAAAAAGGGCCAAUCACUGAAGGUAUCUUCAGAACAUCAGGCGAUAUAAGAGCAUUCCGAGCCCUAAAAGAAAGAUUGGAUUCUGGGAUUGAAGUGAACCUGAACAAUGAAAGUGUCCCUGUUGUGGCAUCUAUCUUAAAGGAGUUUCUUCAAAAUAUAGAAGGAAGUGUGCUGACUUCUAGACUAUACGAUGAAUGGCUUGCUGUCCUUGACCAAGUGUGUGAGGAGGAGAAAGCAGCUGCAGUGCAGAGACUUUUAGAGCAACUACCCCAACCAAAUGUCAUUCUUUUGAAACAACUUUUUGGAAUAUUAUACAAAAUUGAGAGAAACUCUGAAGUCAACCAUAUGACAUCUUCUAAUCUAGCUGUUUGCAUCGCCCUGAGUAUUCUAUGCCUGCCUAGUUCCUGCAACUCAGGAUUCCCAGAUGUUUCCAAAAAGAUUUGUCUUGUUAGUUUCCUUAUUGAGAAUUAUCCAAAAAUAUUUGGAGAAGACAGUCCAUUUCAUGAUGAGAGCUCAUUUGUUUGCUCUGAUGGGGAAAAGUCUUACAAUUCCCUGAACACUGUAACAGACAACGUUGAGAUGGAGGUAAAAGAACAUGAAGACAACACCUGUCCCAGUGGGAGCACAUGCCCCACAGGCAAUGAUGCAGUGUCCAGAAGUCCAUCUGCUCCUCUUCACAAUGAAGGAAUUAUAGAUUCUGAGGAAGAUGUGAAAACAUCUUUUAUAAAUCCAACGAUUACACAGGACCCUGAUACCAGCCAAGACAACAUGUGCUUAACCCCACCAGAACCAAAUGAGGAGCACCCCAUUGAAAAUACUCACACCCCACCAGCAGCAAAUGAGGCAAACCUCAGCAACUCUGACACUCCACCAGCAGCAAAGAGCAAAAUCGUCUUUGGAAAUACUCACACACCACCAGCACCAAACAAGGAAAACCUUGAGAUAUCCACUCCACUUGCACCUAUUGCACUGACCACGCCUGUUAAGGCAUUUUCACAGUUACAAAUAUUUUCAGUUAUUAUAGUUAUUUUGUGCUGUAUAUUACACAUUCUUUAUUGUUAUAAUAAAAGCCAUUCAAUAAUUGAUUGCUUAGAUUUUUUCGUGAUUCCCCAUAGUCUUUGGAGGAUGCUGACAAUACUGUUUACAAAGCAUCUCCAGCUUCCUUAUGAUUUCAUCAAAGAGCUCAAGACUACCAACUGUGGUUGUGUCAUGGCCAUGAAAAAGCCCCAGGCCUACUCCAAGUUUAUUUCAGGAGCCUUGUACAAUCUUCUUCUGGAGGCCCCGAGGAAACCUGACCCUCUGCUUAAAAGCGCCCUUGGCAGCCCACCCCAGACAGCCACGUGGCGAAAGCAGAAGGGUCCACAUACACGGAAGCAGGCCUGA